AAUCGCAGGGGUGGCUUAGGGAUGAGGCCCAGCCCCCUGCCUGGCUUCCCUUCCCUCCAUCUCCCCUCCCUUCUCCCUGCCUCCCCUCCCUUCCCCCAGGUAUAAGAGCUGAGCUCAGGUUAGCUGGCUCAUCCGGUCCUGUCUGAGGUGUCAGCAGGUAGAUCAUGAGCCAUCGGCUCCUCCGGGGCAGGCUGUAGACUACACAACUCUCAACCCAAGGACCAAGCACACCAGGCACCAUGGGACAGUGUCGGUCAGCCAAUGCCGAGGAUGCCCAGGAAUUCAGUGACGUGGAGAGGGCCAUCGAGACCCUCAUCAAGAACUUCCACCAGUACUCGGUGGAGGGCGGGAAGGAGACGCUGACACCCUCCGAGCUACAGAACCUGGUGACCCAGCAGCUGCCUCACCUGAUGCCGAACAACUGCGGGCUGGAAGACAGAAUCGCCAACCUGGGCAGCUGCAACAACUCUAAACUGGAGUUCGGAAGCUUCUGGGAGCUGAUUGGAGAAGCGGCCAAGAGCGUGAAGCUGGAGAAGCCAGUCCGGGGGAGCUGAGAGCCUUCCCUGGGGAUUCUUGGGGGCGGGGGAUGCUGGGGAAAGGGGACCUUAGAGACUGUGGGCCUGGAAAUAAAACUCUCUUGACUGUCA